AUGGACAGGGUAUCGUUUUUCACGUGGGAGAAUAUAAGAGAGUACUGUUUACAACUGCCUGGUAAUCCAGAAACUACCGAGCAUCAAACAAUGUUGCGUAUUAAGACGUUAAUCUUCCUGGGUCUGGCCGCAACGAUAGGCGGUGACUCGACGAAGAGCAAUGACGGCAAGACAAAACGUGGACUUGAGCUUGGCGAUCACUCGGAUUUUGGUGACUUUGGUGGACAUGGAUUAGGUGGUCUCGGGGGUGGUUUUGGAAAUACACUGGCAGCUGGUGGUCUUGGUGGUGACAGCGGGCACAUCUCGUCCAUCACCAUCCAUCGGGAAGUGCCAGUGCCAGUUCCCGCACCCUAUCCAGUGGAGAAACAAGUUCCAGUGCCAUACGCUGUUCCAGUAAAAGUUCCGGUGGACAGACCUGUUCCGUAUCACGUGCCUGCACCCUAUCCGGUGCCAGUGGAAAAGCACGUGCCUGUACCCGUGGAGAAACCCGUGCCUUAUCCUGUCAAAGUACCAGUUAAAGUUCCCUAUGAGGUGCCCUAUCCCGUGGAGGUUCCAGUUAAGGUCCUCUAUCCGGUUCACAAGGAGGUGCCCUAUCCAGUGAAAGUUCCAUACGUGGUAAAGGAAUCUUAUCCUGUAUUUGUUCAUGCCCAUGAUGAGCAUCAGGGUGGAUAUGCUGCAGGUUUUGGCUAUGGGGGACACGAUUUUGGUCAUGGUGGCUUUGGUCAUCAUCAUUAGCUGUUAAAUUCAAAUUCUGUUAUUAAGAUUUUGAUAUUAGGUUCAUUGAAUUGUAGUAUUUGAAAAAUGUUGAUUAAGAAAUCACUAUGUUGAAUUAUCUGACAAAUGACACAGCAACGAUGAGGAGUGAAAUUAAUAUAUUCAAUCUCCUGCAUUUAUUUCAAAGUAAUUCACUUGAAUAAUUGAAGGUGAAGGUGGAAAAUAAAUUGAGACUUCUCAACGAUGUUGAAUUGA